AUGGUUGACACUCAAAACAUAGCGACACCAUGGCACAGUAACUAUGAAACCAAUUCUUCGUGUGAUCCAACAGAACCACUGGAUGCUGUAUAUCAAUGGGCAUAUUGUGAUGAGGAAACGGAGAAAAUUGUGGUGUUAGGAAAUAGAAGUUGGGAUGGAGGAGAUGAGGUUGAAUGGGAGAUGAGACGGUGUAGUGUGAAUAGUGACUGUGAUAAUCCAAAAUACCUCUGCGUCCACAUUUCUUAUGGACUCCGCUAUUGUGUUCUCUCACACAAAUUCAAACCGGAGAACAGUCAACUCGAUUCAUGGACACUCACUAUUGGAAUUAUCUCUCUUUUCAUUGGAAUCAUCAUCGUGAUCACUUGGACACCUAUAUCGGUUUUUCAAUGA